CGUCGAGUUUCAUUGACCAUACACCUGCGUUCCAUUACAACACGAAGCAAUGAUGACACGGACAGUCUUUGUACAUCUCCCCUCGCCCUUGGUUCCUCUGCAUCUUUCACUGCCCCCAUCCACGCCACUCUCAUCGCUCCCGCUCCCUGUUUCCCUCGCUGCUAGCUCCUCGACUUACCUCCGGACGAUCUCCUCAGGUCCACUUGAUCCUUCCACCCUCAUAUCUGAUCUGUCACACGAUGAGUCCCCCUCUCAUCCUAUCACGCUUCAUCUUGGCGUCAGAGUCCUCGGUGGAAAGGGAGGUUUCGGAGCGAAUUUGCGAGCCGCAGGAGGUCGAAUGAACAAGAGUGCAGGUACCAACGUCGACGCAUGUAGGGAUCUAUCAGGUCGUCGUCUAAGUACGAUCAAAGAGGCCAAAAGACAAGCAGAGCUGCUUGAAUCUCUACCUGCAUUGCGAGCCGCCGCUCAAGCUGCUGAUAAAGCCAAACUUGAAGCGCUAGAACGAGCCCUCGGAAUCAGCUCGGAUCAGACAUCUGACCUCUUGUCAUUGCCUGAGGAUGAGACGCGUGGAGAGCGCAGCUCGACAGGAGCUGUCCGAGCGGCGACAGGGUCAAAACGGAUCGCAGAGGUCGACUUGGAGGAGCUCGCCAUGAAGAAGCACAAGUUCGACGAUAAUGAGUUUUUGGAGCAGAGUCGGGAAAUUAAGGACAAUGUACGAAACGCUGUGGCGGCCGGUGAGUCGUAGAUAUCGUUUGUAAUGGCAUCCGCAAGCUCACACAUACUCCCAAAGGUCUACUGAAGAAGAAGAAAAAGCCAAAGACAGAGGAAGCUCCCGCCGCCUCCAAGGGCAAAGCAUCAGCAACCAAGAUGGCUCCUCCAUCGCCAGUCACUAAGACUGCAGCCGUGGCGUAGGCCGUGGCGUGUAUUUGAGUCCGAUGCAGUGGGAUCUCGUUGUUGUAGAUAGUCAAAUGUAUCACAUGUCUGA